AUGGCUGCGGCCGGCGGCGGCAGCGAGCGCCGGCCCCCGCCGCGGGACGGCUACGGUGUCCGCGUGUUCUCCAACGCCUUCUUCCGCUACGAAGGCGAGUGGCGGGGAGGGAAGCCGCACGGUCGUGGGAAGCUGCUGUUCAAAGACGGGAGUUACUACGAAGGCGAGUUUGUGGACGGAGAGAUCACGGGCGAGGGCCGCCGGUACUGGGCCUGGUCAGGGAACUCGUACUCGGGACGGUUUGUCUCGGGGGAGCCUCAGGGCCAUGGCGUCAUGGAGUACAAGGCCGGGGGACGCUACGAGGGGGAGCUCGUCCAGGGCGCCAGGGAAGGACACGGCUGUCUGGUGGACCGGGACGGACAGGUGUACCGGGGCUCGUUCCAUGGCAACAGGAAGCACGGCCAGGGGCACCUGCUGUCCAAGGACGGCGACAGCUACGAUGGUGACUGGGUGCAGGACCGGCGUCAGGGACACGGGGUGCUGUGCCGUGCUGACGGCUCCACGUACAAGGGGCAGUGGCACCACGACGUGUUCAGUGGCCUGGGCAGCUUGGCCCACUGCUCAGGGGCCGUCUACCAUGGGCUGUGGGUCAACGGCCACCCAGCAGCGCCAGCCACGAGGAUCGUGAUUCUGGGUCCAGAGGUGAUGGAGGUGGCCCAAGGAUGUCCCUUCACGCUGACCGUGCAGCUGCAGCAGGACAACGGGGAGGUAGCCCAGAGCGAGAGUGGACGGCUCCUGAGCGUGUCGGCGGGCGUGAGGUACGUGCAGCUCCCAGCCUUCUCCGAGAUCAGCUUCUUCAAAGUGGACAGCGAACUCCACCCGGAGACGCCCGUGGAGACCCCGCUGGGCUUCCAGUGCAUCUCCUACCCUCUGUCCUGCUCCCGGUCACGGGGGCCGGGGCCCAGAGCCGCCACAGAAGCCGCCGGAGGUGACGCCCUCCCCACCCAGGGAGACCCGGAGCCAGCGCCAGACUUGGGGGCAUCCCACGGCCAGCAGGACACCCUGGCCGGGCCGCCCGCCCGCAGAGACUCCCCGUGUGAAGGCGCCCACGGACGGGCGCGGCGUGUGGACAGCGGCUGUGCCGAGUUCCCUGACCUGUUCCUGGGCCCCCCGCCGCCCGGCUACCGCCCCUUCCUCUUCCUGGAGAGCCGGCGUGAGAAGGUGGGCCUGAGCCCUGGCAGGACGGCGCCCACUGUGGAGCAGACGCCAGGCGGCCGCAGGCCCGACGGGACGGCCACCGCGGCGCUGCCGGCACAGGCGUACCCAGGGGAGUACGUGAUCAUGGUCCACGACCGGACCACCCCCCCGUUCCUGGGCCGCACGCUGCCCACCGCCUUCAAGCACCUGCGGGUGGUGGGGAAGGGGGCUCCGCCCUGAAGAGGCCCCGGAGCCCACGCCGGAGGCACCCACAACGCACACAGAGCCGCCAGCCACCAAGGAGGCCGUCCGCACCUCCAGGGGGAAGAGCAUCGGGGGGCAGGAGGAUC